CUCAGUUUGGUUAUAAGAUCGGAAAAACACCGACACCCCACAGUUGUAUCCGGACGCUGAAGUAAGAUGGAGUCAGAACGGAAGAAUAAAUUGUUACAAGUGUAUCCAAACACACUGGAUGAAGUCCGCAAGGAAAUAAACCUGGGCAAGCCAGGCGAGAUGGAGCAGGCGGUCAAACUGGUGAGGGAGUGGAUUCAGCAACAGCCGCAUUUCAAAAAAAAGGAUUUCACUGAUACGUACAUCGAGGCGAACAUAGUGGCAAGUAAAGGGUCCACGGAGCGCGCCAAGAAAGCGAUAGACAAGGCCUGCACAAUGAGAACGUUGUGGCCACAUUUUUUCAAUGUGAAAGAUAUAAGAACAGAAUACGCAGAAAUCCAUGACAUUGGGUCUCUCGCCAUCAUGCCGCAGCUCACCAAAGAGCACCACAGGAUCGUGUACAUCAACUUUAACAAACCAAUAACCAAAUCAACCCAAAUAUUGCAACAUUACAAAUUUGGUUGCUGUAUAGUGGAUUCCUUACGGAGAUUUGAUGUUGUCGGCAAUAUUCAAUACAUCCUGGACAUGAGACAAGCCAAUAUGGCGAACUUUUUAACAUCCUUUAAUUUAAUGGAAUUUCGACAAGCGUAUUCUAUUUUUAUUGAUUGUUACAGUUUCCGAAUAAAGGGAAUUCACGUUGUUUCCUCUUCUCGACUAGUGGAGAGUUUUAUUGGAAUAUUGAAGCAAAUAUUAAAACCCAAAUUGAUAUCUCGCCUGCACCACUAUCCCGACAGUGAUGGGCUGAUCAAGGUGCUUGGCAAGGAAUAUUUGCCUUCAGAUGCAGGCGGAAAUCAGAAAUCUGCAAAAGAAAUUCAAGAUGAUUGGAUUGAGGCAUUGAGUUCCAAGGAAAAUAUGGAGUAUUUGCGUAACAUUAACGAAGGAGGGACCGAUGAAAGCCUACGAUUAAAGUCCAGUUUCAACGAGGAUUAUGCGGGAAUGCCUGGCAGCUUUCGACUACUUACUGUAGAUUAGAUUUUUUGUGUUAAUAAAUUUUUUCAUUUAAUUUUAUAAUUAUGUGUUGUGAAUACGUUUUUUACUACGCGGUUAAUGUGAUUUAACUUAGCUAAUAAACUGUGUAAUUUAUUA